ACAAUCCAUCUAAGAUAUUUGAGGGAGGGAAAAUGUGUUGGAUUCAAAUGAUUACCACUAUUUUUCUGCUAUCUGCAAUGAUGCUUGGGGGAUCCAAUGCUCAACUUAGUGCCACUUUCUAUGCCAAAACCUGCCCAAAUGUGUCCACUAUUGUUCGCACUGUGCUGCAGCAAGCCCAACAAAAUGACAUUUGGAUAUUCCCCAAGAUCGUUCGCCUUCACUUUCAUGAUUGUUUCGUUAACGGUUGCGAUGCCUCACUAUUGCUGAAUGGUACAAACAGUGAAAAAACUGCCACCCCAAACCUUUCCACCGAUGGAUACGCUGUUGUCGACGAUAUCAAAACAGCGUUAGAGAAAGCUUGCCCUCGUGUUGUCUCGUGUGCCGAUAUUUUGGCCCUUGCUGCUCAAAUUUCUGUUUCCUUGGGUGGAGGUCCAUCAUGGAAAGUCCCACUCGGAAGACGGGAUAGUCCGUCGGCACACCUCGAAGGAAUCGGAGGCAUCCCAUCUGCACACGAUAGUCUUGUCAACAUUGCAGCCAGAUUCAAGAGCGUGGGACUUGAUUCUACUGAUCUUGUCGCUUUGUCCGGUGUCCACACAUUUGGAAGGGCUCGAUGUGCUGCUUUCAUGGACCGCCUCUACAAUUUCAAUAACGUAUCCGGGAAAAUCGACCCGACCCUCAACGUUACAUACGCAAAGGCACUUCAGCAACGAUGUCCUAAAGGCGGAGAUGUCACCAGUUUGAUCGAUCUUGACGAACAAACUUCCCUUACCUUUGACAACAAGUACUUUUUGAACCUCCAAAACCGUCGGGGACUCCUUCAAUCCGAUCAAGAGCUGUUCUCAACUAACGGGGCUGAGACUGUGACCAUUGUCAACAGAUUCGCAAGCAGUCAAAAACAGUUCUUCGAUAGCUUUGCUAAGGCCAUGAUAAAGAUGGGGAACAUAAGCCCGUUGACAGGUAGCAAUGGACAGAUCAGGCUUGAUUGCAGAAAGAUCAACUAGGACGAACAUAUGGUUCUCCAUAUGUAAUAAAUGGAGUUAAAUUAAGUUUUAAACUUUGCUUGUGUGUUUUUACUUU